AUCAUUCUCUACUACUGAUCAGAGAGAGAGAGAGAGAUAGAUAGUGGAAAAGAAAGAAAACCAUCAACGACUUCAAGACCCACACCUUCUCUCUCUCACCCUCACCCUCACCCUCACCAACAUGUCAAAGGAAUGCGCUCACCACAGCAAGAAACGCCCAAAGCUAAUCCGCCGAAUCUACGCCGGAAUCCUCAUUUUUCUCUUCCUCGUCCUCCUCACAAUCCUCCUUAUUUGGGCCAUUCUUCAACCCACAAAGCCCAAAUUCGUCAUCCAAGACGCCACCGUCUACCUCUUCAAUCUCACCGCCGCUAACUUCAUCUCCUCCAGUAUCCAAGUCACCGUCUAUUCCCGUAACCCUAACGACAAGAUCGGAGUCUAUUACGACCGCCUCGACGUCUACGCCGUUUACCAUAACCAACAGAUCACUCUCCGUACCGGCAUUCAACCAACCUACCAAGGCCACAACGAUGUCAACAUCUGGUCUCCCUUCCUCAUCGGUAACAACGUUCCCAUCUCUCCCUACAACGGCGCCACCCUUAAUCAAGAUCAGGCCGUUGGUACCGUCCAGCUGUCCAUUAAACUCGACGGCCGCGUCCGAUUCAAAGUCGGUACCUUCAUCUCCGGCCGCUACCAUCUCAACGUCGACUGUCCGGCGGCUAUCAUGUUCGGAAAUCCAACCGCCGGUGUUAUCGUCGGUAAUAACGCCGUUAAAUAUCAGUUGGUGCGGCCCUGCAGCGUUAGCGUAUAAGCUCCGUUAUUGCCGUCAGAAUUCUUGCUCUCCGUUCUCUCUCUCUCUCUCUUAACGCCGUUAGUUUUCUACUUUUCUCCAUUUUCUUCUCUCUCUUUUUUUCUUUAAUAUAAAUAAUUUAGACAAAUACGUGUUGGGAUAAAAGAGUCAGUGAAAAUUGUAAAUUUUUCCAAAAGAAUAAAAAUGAAAAAAAAAAUAAAUUAUUAUUAUAGUAAUUAAAUUUGUCAAAUGUGAAUUUGUAUAAAGAGAGCAAAAAUUUAAAGGUCGGUGGCAAAUUGUGUAAUUUUGUAUUUAAUCUUUCGAUUAAUGGAAAAAUUUUAAUAUAUAAUGUUUUAAAGAUUAUUGUGUA